AGUUUACUACUGGGUUCAAACUUCAAUCAGUUUACUUCGUCCUCUAUUUGCAUGAAACAUUACAUGGGAUCCAAUCCACGCCAUGCCAGAAAUUACUAAACGCAGGCUACUACACGAUAACGAGCUCGUGGAAGACUCCGAACCCGAAAGGGAGGAAAAAAGGCAACAGAUGAGGGAGCAAACAAGGAAGAAGAAACGUUUGCGGCUGGACCCAUCAUGGGCUGAUAUAGAGCAAGAUGUUAUUGAGCUAACUGAUACCGAACUUGAUCCUUCCGGUCCAUCAGCUACUGUAGGUGGUCAGAGCCAGAUCGACGAACUUAGUAGUGGCGCUUCCAGUUGUAGUCCACUCACAGAGCUGGCUUCUUCCCGGGAACUUGAAAAUGCCGACCAUUUUGCGAUUGAUACACCUCGCGUCAAUGUACCCAAUACAACGAACGGGCCCUAUAAAGCCCAGAAUAUGACCGGUAUGGACCGCACUUCUACAUGCCCCACCCCGCCUCCUAUUGCGACCCUGGAAGUGCCGCUGUCUAGCGACUCCGAGGGCGAUUCCCGCCUGACACUGUCUCGCUUUGCUUUCCGAGCGCCUCUAUCCAAACCUAAGAUCACCGACCUCGGAGGUUUGUCGUGCUGGGGUAGCACUGUCGUAGCAGACAAACUUCCAGAAUCAACCUCUGCUCCGAAAGCCAGACUGAAGCGCCCCAGUAUCCAUCGCUUCUCCAAUGACUUCUCAGAUGUGCAAUUUGCAUCUCUUACAACCUGCGUUAGCUGCAACUUGAAGUGGACCUCGACAAAGACUGCAAGCCAAAAAGUUAUCCAUAUCCAAAACUGCGCAAAAAAGAAGUUCCUUUUCGAUGAAACAGUUCGCAUGCUUAUAUACAAAGAGACUCAAUCAUCCUCAGACCAGAACGUUUCUCAACGGAGUGACCAAAAGGCUACAGAAGUCGGCCAAAAGUCGGCCACUUUCCUGGAAACGGUUGUCAAUGAAGGCUCCCGGACGAAGAAAAGCAGACGCCCUCAAAUCUUAGGGACCGUCAAGUCUCUCCCUGAAACACGCAGUAGUAUACUAGGAAGGGCGCGGGCCGUCCUUGAUACUUCUAUGCAGCACGGAGGCCCCGUCAUAGACGCUCGGGUGUCUAAUUCCAUCCAUGGAGGUAGAAGCGAUGUUCCCUGCACUCAAGCUUUUGGAAAUAGCAUGCUUGCUCGUCGAGUAAACUCGUAUCCUCGUGCGCAGUCGGGACCAGCGCUGACCCAGGCUUUCGGUGAAAGCGCCCUCGGCCACUUGCAAUCUAACUUGGGCCUCGUUGCGCGACAUGCUCAAACUUCUGGUCUGUGAUAUAAGCAUAGUGACGGCGGCGUGGAUCAGGGGAACGACCUACUUCUAGUGCACUAUCAGGUCGAGUUCACCCCAAUUUAUUCUUUCAGAUGCAGAUUCCACUUCAAACUACUUUUAUACGUAUUUAAUUCGACGAACAUCCAUGAUUGUUAUUAAAUAUCCGGCAGACUUGCAUCGCAGUCCAUCUAUGCAUCAGCAGC